GGCUCAUUAGAUAACCAGCAGUUCUCCUGCUAUUCAAUAAACAGUCAAAAUGGCUUCUAAGAUUUCUUUCCUCUCCCUCCUCCCUUUGGCUCUUGCCAAGCUUGACAAGCCCAUUAUCCAGCCGAACUUCCCAGGAGGUGGCCUGGCAUCUUUAGGCCAGGGUCUUUUGAAUAACUUGUCGCCCACCCAGUCGACUUCAGAUAACUGGGGAGCUGGCUGGAUUCCUGCAGACUGCAAGUCUUUGGUUCAGGGUGCCGGACUUUCACCAUUCGAUGUUACACCUUUCAACAUUCACUACACCGACUGCUCUCAGACCUGGACGUUUUGUCGUCACAAGGAUUCUCCUCUCAGCCAGACUGACAUAAUUGACCUCUUUGGCCGUGUGCCCGUUCGCAUGAGAGAUUUCAUUCGCCACUACGUCUUCAUUCCCGGUGCCACCUCGGCCGGCUCCAGCGGUGAUAACACUCUCAUGGUUGGCAAUGUCGACAUUACCGUCUUCCUCCACGAAAUUGGCCACAGCCUGGACUCUCAUGCGUUUGACCCUUCAUACGGCGUGCCUUUCUCUACCAGCAAUGUCUGGAUCUCCAACUACAACCUCGAUUCCGCGGUGACAGACUCAUACGCACAAACCAGCCAACAGGAGAACUUUGCCCAAGAAACUGUAGUUUCGGUAUAUGACAAGGUUGUGCCUGGCGGUAUCGGCACGAUCCAGCCCAACUGGCAGGCCAUCUUCCACCAGUAUGCCACCCUUCAGGGAUACAUUGGCAACACCAUCAUCCCCGGCGGCACAUGCGUCAACCGCCUCACUGACAGCCAGCCCGUGACUAUGGGCAACUCUGCCAAGUUCCGCCGUGGCUUAGGCCCCAAGCCUACGGUUUCCCUGAGCCCGGAUGUCAAGGAGAUCAAGCCUAUUCCCAUGUCUGAUUCCAUCACCAUGACUACGUUUGAUGAGUUUGGCAAGGCCAAUGGCACCUAUGUCAUUCAUCUUUAAUGGACGCCGUUACGUUUCAUCGUAAAUAUUGAAAAGCUUUUUAAUUGAUGUAUAUGUUUGUAUGUAGUUUUACGACGUUGAUAGUUAUGAUUAUGCAGAUAUGAGCUGACCGCUCUUAAUGAAUUAACCUCUCACUGAGAUGCAUUACCAG